GGAAAUAUGCAUCCCCCAGAGCAUUACAUCAACCAGGUUGGAGCCAUGGAAGCGGAGGAGAGCAGACGGGGCCGCCUUUCACCAAAGGAGAAGAUUGCAGAGGAUGGAGCCCAACUCCGGAGACAGUUGGACCAAGACCUGACAAUGACACUCCUUCUUCAACGCUGCCAAGAAACACGAUUUAACCUACUUCCGUGCGAUGCAUCCGAAUGCCUUAUAAAGCCAAGCGAUAGGGGCUACCAGGGGUCCACGCUCCGUCACCGGAUACUCACGGACAUGAGCCUCGGCGAUUCCUAUCACGUUCCAUGUCUCGAGGCCAUGCUUGACCUACCGCAGCUUGUCCCAUCCCGAUUUAAACUCGACACCAGCCCCUAUAGAUGGAAUUAUAAUAGACCGUGGAGCAGGGGUUUUAUGAUCAAGGAAUGGUUCGAUCGCAGUGGACAAGUUGACCUGGGAAAGCUUGCCACUUACUUUGAGCAUAUGGAUAUGUACUGGAAGGAACGAGGCGAUUGGAGUACAAGAGACAUCGAGUGGCAAAUUGCGCACUAUGAGUGCCAAACCGACUGCGGGGCCGAUGGCUGGCAGGAACGCCCCAGCCCACCAAUAUGUCCUAAUAUCAAGAGUUAUACAGCUGAAGAGGGCGGCGAUGGUAAA